AUGCAAAUAACAAUUUCAUUUCGUGGAAAAACUCAAAAACCUCCUGUUAAAAUUGACCUUCCAGAAGACCCAAUAGUCGAUGACUUGAAAAAAGCAAUAUAUAAAAAAAUACCAAAAUAUUAUCCUGACCGUCAACGCUUGACUUUUAAUGAAAAGGUUUUGCAAGAGGGUAAAACUCUGAAUGAAUAUGAUAUAAAGAAUGGCGAUACCGUUGCGUUCAAAGACUUAGGUCCACAAAUAAGUUGGAAAACGGUAUUUCUAAUUGAAUAUUUCGGUCCUCUCGUCAUUCAUCCAAUAUUUUAUUAUUUUAAAUCUCAAAUCUAUGCCGAGGAUUUUGAACAUAGCAAAAUGCAAGAAUUUACAUUUUACAUGAUUAUGGCCCAUUUUGCAAAACGCGAACUAGAAACUCUCUUUGUUCAUCGUUUCUCACACGGCACUAUGCCUUUCAAGAAUGUGUUUAAAAAUUCUUUUCAUUAUCACGCUUUGAGUGGUGCAAAUCUGGCAUACUGGGUUUAUGGUCCUUGGAAUGCAUCAGGAACUUCGGGUGGUGAACGCAAUGAAUGGUAUAUCUGGGCUUGCGUAGCACUUUUUGUGUAUGCACAAAUUUCUAAUUUUAGUACUCAUAUCACGCUUCGAAACCUUCGUCCGCCGGGCACUCGUGUUCGCAAAAUUCCCUACGGGUAUGGGUUUGGAUUAGUCUCCUGUCCCAAUUAUUUCUUUGAGAUUGUCGCCUGGUUUAGUAUCUGUGUCUUGACCAAUUCAUUGGCAGCAUGGCUUUUUAUCGUUGCUGGAUUUUAUCAAAUGUAUCUAUGGGCUAUCAAAAAACAUAAGGCUUAUCGCAAAGAAUUCAAAGAUUAUCCAAAAGAUAGAAAAGCUAUGAUCCCAUUUAUAGCUUAA